CGCCUUCAAGCCGAAAACAUCGUGAACAAAACCCGAUAAAAAAGCCGCGCGAACGUGAAGUGCAAGAAAGGAUUACAGUUUAAUAUCCUUUAUAUGCCAUUGCGUAUACUUGAUAUUUGGAAUAUAGACCUCAGUCGGAUACAACCGAAAAUUAAAUUCUAAACAAAAGUGAAGAUGUCCAGCAUGUUCCAUGGAGUCGGUUUUCUGGGCCUGUCACUGCUCUUGACGCUGAUCAGUUUGGACGGGAUUCGGGCGGUGGGCUAUCAUUAUGAUCGUCCUACGAGACCCACGUCUCCUUCUGGACCCGGACCUAAUAUUUAUUCAGGUCACCAGUUCAGUGCCCUGCCCACAAUACAUCCGCUGCCACCGAUUCCGGCACUGCCACCACUUCCCACUGCCCGGGUUCCCUUACCCCGGAGUCGCCCCACUGCCCCAGCCACCAGUAUUAUAAGCCAGUACCGGCAACCGGCAGCUCCUGUGGUUUCCACAUAUAUUCCACCCUCGGUGGUGUCUCCCAUCGCAUCGAUUAGUUUCCAUGGCACGCCCACUUUGAAGCCGGUUUACGGCCCACCGCCUCCGCCAAUUCCCACUGCGGUCACCCCCAUUGUGGUGGCACCCACAGGACCCGCCCCGCUGCCCGAGGGCGGAAAUCUACGUAUACCCUUUGGAAAGCAGGCGCUGAUCUCGCCCGGAGAGUCCUACAUUGCCAACGGCAGGCAGCUGAAGCAGUACGCCGUCAUUGAGAUCAUCGACAACGACAUUGACGAGACCCCAGGUCCCUUCCUGUCGGGCAGCAGCUUCUUUGACCGAUAUGGAGCCCAUGUGGGUGCUCCGACAGCCAAUGGCAUCCAGCUAGAUUCCCGGGCUAAUGCCCUGCUUCUUGAACAACAGCAACUGGCCAUCCAGCCGAGAGCGGGAGCUCAGCCAGCAGCCGGAGGAGAUGCCAUUGCCCUGGGCUCCGGAGGGCUGGGCUUUGUGCGACUGCCCAACGGAAAUGUCUACCUCGGAUCAGGCUCCUUGGGCUACAUCAGUGGGCAGCAGAGGGUGGCCUCAGUUCUGGAUGCCCGCACUCGGUCAGAGUCCACCUCGGAUGCCCUGCACUUUGGUCAUGGUCCUUUGGGUGGAGCGGACAACUUUUUGAGAUUUUAGUAGAAGGGCAUCCAGCCCCUUUCCUUAUCUACACACA